AUGAGCAAGGGUGCUCCCAACUACCCGAACACCACGUUGUAUGUGGGCGACCUGCACCAUGCCGUGACUGAAGGUAUUCUUUUUGACAAAUUCAGUCGAGCUGGAAAAGUGACGUCCAUACGCGUGUGCAGGCACGUGAUUACUCGCCGUUCCCUUGGAUACGCGUAUGUCAACUUCCGAGAACCAGCUGGUGCGGAGUACGCUCUGAAGACCAUGAACUUUGAACUCAUCAUGGGCAGGCCCAUCCGCAUAAUGUGGUCCCAGCGCGAAUCCGCAGUCAGGAAGAGUGGAAUGGGCAAUGUUGUUGUCAAGAACCUGGAGAAGUCCAUCGACCACCAGGCCCUCUACAACAUGUUCUCACGCUUUGGCAACAUCCUGUCCUGCAAGGUGGCCUGCGAUGAUGGAGGCUCAAAGGGACACGGCUUUGUGCACUUUGAGACCCUGGAGGCCGCCGAAAAUGCUAUUAACGAAAUGACUGGCGCACUGUUCAACAACAGAAAAGUGUUUGUUGAGCACUUCAAAUCGUACCAUGAGCGAGCAAAGGAGACGGGAGACAAAGAGAAGGACUUCACUAACAUCUACAUCAAGAAUUUUGGGAAAGACCUGAAUGAAAGAAGACUGAAGGAGACAUUUGAGAAAUAUGGCCCAACAGUGAGUGUACGAGUCAUGACUGAUAACAACGGAAAUUCCAAAGGCUUUGGGUUUGUCAGCUAUCAGAGGCACAGGGAUGCGAAGAGGGCAGUGGACAAUAUGAACGGGACAGAAAUCAACGGGAGGCGGAUCUAUGUGGCACGUGCUCAAAGAUGGGCAGAGCGGCAACUUGAACUAGAGAAACAGGAAACCAUGACAACCAAGGUGGCCGCAAAAGGUGGCUACAGACAGAUCAUCAAGUCCCUGCAUGAAGAGGACUGCCUUGCUCAGCAAGAAGAUAUUAACAUUCAGAUGAUGGCCAACAAGCAGGCUCAGUCAAACCCUGCUAUGACCCUUCACCAGCCUGAGCCGAGCCUGUCCAUCACCAACAUCCAGCCUUGCAAACCUCCUGUCAUUGGCCCCUGCCAGCCUGUGCCAACCCCAGCCAUCAACACCGACUACUUCAGGACUACAAUACCACCCCUCGCCCAGGUGCCUGACCCAAUGACCUACCAGAAACUGGAUUCACAUCAUUUCACGUAUGCAACCCCAAUUAGUGGUGUAACCGACUUUGGUUGUGCUGCUGGUGUAGAUGACUCUCAGGAGCACCUGAGCACACAGAUCACAUCUGAGCAGCCCACUAUACCGGAACCCUUGACCGCUUCUUUUCUGGCCAGCCUCUCUCCUGAAGACCAGAAGCAGAUCCUGAGUCACCGCCUUUACCCUCUCAUCCGUGAUCAGCAGCUUGAAGUGGCGUCUAAAAUCACCGGCAUGCUGCUGGAGCUGGACAACUCUGAGAUCUUGCAGCUAUUGCAGUCUUCAGAAUCACUGCAUGGCAGGAUGGAUGAGGCAAUUGGCGUAUUGCAGGCCUUCAGGGCCUCGGAGGCUGCAGCAACAGGCCUGGCAAACAAGGCCUCUCAGGACAACCAUGCCGCAGGGUACCACAACCCUGUGCAGCAGAACAUUAACCCUCCACACCAGGGUACCUUGCAGCAGCCUGCUGUCCCUGUGCUGAAAAAGGAUCCCCUGACCAUAUCCUAUGUGGCUGGCCUCUCUCCUGAAGACCGGCAUCAAACCUUGGGCCAGCACCUCUACUCUCUCAUCCUGGGCCAGCAGCCCGACCUGGCAUCCAAGAUCACUGGCAUGCUGCUGGAGUUGGAGGACACAGAGAUCCUGAAGCUCCUGGAGUCUGCAGUGUCACUGCAAGCCAAGGUAAACGAAGCUGUUUCCGUGCUGCAGGACUUCUGGGCCCAGGAGGCUGCGAAAAAAUCUACUGCGACCAAUGCAAAUGCAGAGGAAGCUAUGAUGACCAAAGCAAAUGCAGAGGCAACUGCAACAACCAAAGCAAAUGCAGAGUUACCAGUUAGACAGGUCUACGUCUGGUUCUGGUAA